UCCACAUCUCCAGACAGCAUGGGGUCUGCUUGCUCCUUCAGUUGUUCCCCCUCUCCACCACCUGCUGAGAGGAGACAAGAGGAGACCAGAGAUGAGGAGUGUGACUCGCUGAGCGACAAUCACAUGCCAUCUAAAGCUGUUACCCAGUGCUGUUCUCAUAUCACUCUGACCGUAGGGGACGCUCCAAAGGCGAUGCUCAUCAAAAGCUUGCGCAGAGAAAGUGUAGAUGAGCUGGUCAUCUCUGAGAGUGAGUCUAGCUGUUUUUUGUGGAUUGAUUGCUUUUUUUCAUUAAAUAUGCCAUACAUUUCUUCUGUGCUUAAUGUUUCUGAAUUAGAUGGUGUUGAGGAUGUUUUGACUUGUGCAUUACCAGGAAAUCUUGUAGAUCCAUCUGAGCGUCACAUGCUGGAAAUCACACAGAUAGAGAAAAUUAUCGAUGAUAUGGUCCAGAAGCCACAUUCUGAGAGCAUUAGGGCAGAAGAGGACAGUGAACAGUUCAGUGUUUUAUCUUCUAAGAGCAUUUAUUGCCAAGACUCCAUUUGUGAUGAAGUGUCUGGAUCAAGGAGCUUUUUGGACCUAAAGCCUUUAAGAAGAGCAUUACCUUACUUCAAAAUUGAGAAGAGCCUCAGGUCCUUCUGUUACAAUCCCCAGGAUGCCAUGGACCAGCCGGAGAUCCUCACCUCCUGUGCACUUACUGAGACCAUGCAGGACCUCCUGGAGCACCUCCAUGAACAAAACCUCACACUGAAGGAUGGGGAACCCAACCAACCAUCAUUUUUAGCGUCUGUCAGGAGCUCCAAUCUGGUAAUGGAUUUUAACCCUGUGAGGCGUGGCUCCCGUCCUCAUCAGCUUCAGAUUUCUCUUGGAGCUCCACUGUUGCCACUCAGCCCUGCUGAGAAGACCAAAGAUUCAAAAUCUGCCAGUGAGAGCAGAAACACAGGAAUUAAGGAGGUAGUGUGUUUUAGGACCACAUCAGAACGAGUGGGCGACUGUAAGCUGGGCAGCUGGUGGAAGCAGGCUCUGGAGACCAGAAGAGCCUCCACAGGACUGCUGCCUGCUAUUGAGCAGGUCCCUGCUGUCACAAAAGAGAAAAGACACUCUCUUGUUCUAGGAUGGCCUCAGUCUCAUGGGCUUAUCAGAGGAUGCAAACAAGAGGUUAAACAGGCUACAAAGGAAGAGUCAUGCAGCAGAAAAGCUAAAGGCAAAAGGGGCAAAUGGGUCAAACAAUCCUGAGAGAGAAAGACAGGACUCAAUAUCAUAUAUGAGUGAGGUUAUAUAUAUAUUUAUUUAAUCUCUCAUGACAAAUGAAUGUCAAUGAAAUUUUAUGCUAUACGUAGCUUAAUCUUGUCACAGGUGUGGAUCAAAUCCAUCAGUGUCUAAGAGAUUUAACAUGUUUACUAUUCUAUUUAAUAAGCAAUUCUCAUUUACAUAGUGCCCUGUUUUUUUUU